AUGUGCGUUCCCGUUCAGGACCACUGCCCUUCUUGUCACCAGAACGAUGGUGAAGUUUAUCGCCACCAGUGUCCAGUUGGGUACGAGUUUAGACCGGGCUCUUAUGCCGCGAUUGUUCACACUGUCGACGAAUCAAAUCCCAUGAUCAUUCAGGUGGUUUGCAAACGUUGCAGACGCGCAAAGGCCCAAACCUGGAUACAGCGGCAGCUCUCCUGGCGGUUGACCCGGCGGCGGAAGCGAAUCAACGAAGACUCAUGCCAAGUUUGUCAGAACGGAAACAAGUUCAGAGAAGAGCCUCUGCGAAUCGAUCGAACUUUUAUUGAGGGAUGA